AUGAGCCGCAUUACUAGCGAACGCACCCGAUAUUCCUCCGCGGUACAGAAUCUUCCCUUCGACGUCGCCGACGAUCCCGACGACCUCCUCGACCUGAUUCCUGCCAACGACCCGUGCACUCAGUUAAAGAAUGCCCUCAUCCAGAAAGUGAUUAAGUCGGCCAAUCGGAUGCUACGGGAGUUAUUCGCGCAGGUAGAACUGGGUGAUCAAGCUCCUUUGUAUCUUAUGCGCCAGAUGCAUUACUUGCUGGCCGGUUGUCAUAUGGACGACUCCAUUUUUCAACAAAUAUGGUUGGAUAGGUUGCCGAUUCCCAUGCAACAGGUUUUGGCCAUGCUGGACAUCAGCAUCUCUCUAGACAUAAUGGUCAACCAUGCCGACAGGAUCAGCGAAUGUUACCCAGUCGGCGCGACAUGCGCCAAUAUUCAACUUACCUCGGCAUCCAAUAAGUCUGAUAGAGAAGCCAUUCCCCGUCCUGAAGGCACUCCUUCGCUAGAACGCGAAACUUCUCGUGUGGAGCGGUCAUACUGUCGUUGCUCAUCAUGCAGAGCCACCACGCCAUCAGGUCACUCAAGACAACCGAACAGUCCUCACCGGGGCGACUAUGACGCCCCAAAAGGUACUGUUUGUCUUUUAUGCACUCGACUUUUGCAUUCAGAAAAGCUCCCACAAAUUUUGGGUGCUGAAUCUACUGAUCGACUGUACCGUAGCGAUGGCGUUUGUGGUUUCUGAACACUAUGGCCGGUCUCACCAGCUGUUCCUCACCGCCUCUACUUUGACUAUGCCCAACUUCAUGAAAGGAAUUUGACGUCCGAUGAUCUCCGAUACCGUGCAACCUCCUCCCAUCUUGACGGUCGAUGUUCUCCCGCCGCCGGCAGUUUUUUCUCCUGAGCCCUCCAAACCACAAUAAACACCAUCAACUAUAUUUUUAUCCCUUAAGCUCAGGAGUUUUUUUCACUGCCGGUCGGAUUUAUGUUUAAUCGCUCCCCUCGACAAUGCCUGUAAACUGGCAUUAAAUAAAAAUUUAUUUAUUUAUUUAUUUAGGUGCACUGCAAUAAGUAGCUUACAGUCGGCCAGAAACAAAUCACCCUCGCGCCGUCGUUCUUAAUCCCAUGAACGUCCCUCUAAAACUCUAUGCUGUUAUCAUCGUAGUUGCGGUCUGAAAGAACGCAAGUGCAUUCCUCCCUGCACAUACGUGCAGGCAUCGCUACAGGGAAACGACCGCGCCAGCCACUAACAGCGACAGCUGCCACUGCCCAGUCACGACCCAGUCGCCUCUUUUAUAUUUAGUUUAAUUUAAUUAUUUUUAUUAAAGACCCGUUGGGGUCCCAUCAAAGCAAGUAAAAAUAAACUUACAUGCGAAUUUUAGACGAGGUAGGCAAAAUUUCUACAAAGUGCAAUAUAUAGUUUUUGAGAUUAGAAGUCCGUUAAGAAAAAUGAUAAGCGAGGGUGAAAAAAACUCCAUUUGAAAAUUUAAAAAUGAUUGGAUUAAUUUUUCAGGAGAAAAAAAAACUCGAAAAAAUAGAGUCAGAAAAAUGCGGGCAAGACUGGCCUGCAUGUGACGGUAUAGAAUGGAUUAUAGUCGGACAUCAACAGGGCCGAAAUAACUGUCAGCUGUAUAUGGCAUUGUAUAACGGAUUUCAUAAAGGAGUAAGUAGGCGGGUCGGUCAGGACUGGCCUGUAUGUGGCCUUGAACAAGGCAAAUAAGUGGCGAAAUUGAAAACCAGUCUCGAGCUGAUAGGAACCCAGAUGCGGUCAGUUACAUUCAUCCGAGGAUGGGGCAAGGGAGAUGCGACCAGACUACUAGUAUAUGGCGAAUAUAGAAGGUUUCGCCAAGAGCGUCGAUGGAGCGCAUUCUGUGAGGGCACGAUGAAAACCAGUCUCAGUGACAAGUCGAGCAGCCUCCGUUUUCUUGUCGAUACUGGUGCCGAGAUCAGUGUCAUCCCGUCUCCUAGGCGCCACCAUCUCAAUCCUUCGCAGUUUCCAUUUCAGGUUGCCAGUAGCAUUACCAUCAACGCUUACGGCCAACGGUCGCUCACACUUGACAUCCGUCUUCGGCGACGUUUCCAGUGGGUCUUUGUGCAGGCCGACGUUAAAUCUCCCGUUAUUGAGGCAGAUUUCCUUACACAUUUUGGCCUUACAGUCGACCUCAGACAGUGCAAACUUGUCGAUACCACAACCACACUCUUUAUCGUUGGCACUGCAGCCUCUGAACCAUCGGCUAGCAUCCAGUUGACCGUACCAAGCUCGCCUUUCGCUGACAUUUUGAAGGGCUAUUCGUCCCUCACUAAGCCCUGUCAGUUUACCGGGAGGUUCAGAAUAUGGUCAAACACCAAAUCAUCACCACGGGGCAACCUGUUCACGCUCAUCCUCGCCUUUUCACCCCGAAAAACUCCGGAUAGCGAGGAAUGA